AUGUCGACAGCUUCAAAGGCUACCCUACUGGCCACCAUUCUUGGCACUACUGCUAUUGUUGCUUUUGUUCACUGGGGACAAACCGCCGAACAAGCUGCCAUGCAUGCUGGUGUCGUUCGAGACUUGGAGCAACAACGGGUCAAGCGAGAACGGCAGGCUGAUUUUGAGAUGCAGAAGCAACUGGAGAUGGAAUAUAAAAAGACUCAAACUGUGCGGGAUACCACCAAUGCAGCAUGA